AUGCUCUCAGUACCGACAGAAGCGAGUGCUUUCUUAGGGAUGGUAGCGAUUUGUAUGACCUGUUUGUUUGUUUUCUAUCUAUACUUAACGAAGAAGUUCUGCUUCAAUACGAUCGGAGGCUUUCCCUGUUGUGAUAAACCGUUAAAUAUAUCAAAGGAUAAAGCGUCCAAAGAUUUGGUGGACGCGUUUUCAUACGACGACGCUCUCGACUCGUCUACUGAUAGUGAAGACGAAUUGUUACAGAGAUUGAAACGAUCGGCGAGUAAUCAAAUCAAUAUCACCCGACAGUCAAGUAUCUCGAAGAAUGAGCCAUUGAUUUCAAGAGAAUUCAAACCAGAAUUGAGAUCUGAUAAGAGAUUCAAUACUGCGAGCACUUCCAGAGAUCUGAUAUCAUUGGCAGAAAAGGGUCGGAUAGGGAAGAACGGGUCGAGUGAGGGCUCGGGUUCGAGUGAAGCCGGAAGUGGUGACAAUGAGGACGAGUCUCGUCGGUCCAGGAGUUCGUUCGCGAAAGACAAAGCGCUGAACAAAUUAAACAAAUCCGAGACCUCCGAGAGCUCGAGUCCAAUCAAAUUUCGAGAUCACCACAAAUCACAAUACAAUACAGCCUUUGAAAAGUGCGAAUCAGACGCCCAGUCGUCCACUUCGCAGGACUUUUCCCAACACUUCUCACAAUCAGAGUCUCAUUCUGUGACAAAAUGCGGUUCUUUGGAAAUCAGUUAUGCCUUCGACGCGCCCACCAAAAAGCUUAUGGUCACUGUCUUUGAGGCCAAUAACAUCCCGUGCAAAGAGCGCGGCGGCGCUAAUCAGAUACACGUCAGACUCGUUUUGCUGCCACAGAAAAGGCAUAAACACAAGACUAAAAUCAAAUCGACUGGAAAUCCUAUUUUUAACGAAACAUUUACUUUCGCGCGAAUCAAUCCCGAAGAGGUCAUGGGUUUAGGCAUUAGGUUUAGGGUCUAUGGAACUGCUUUUGCUCGGAGGGAACAAUUGAUUGGCGAAAGUAUUAUAGUUUUCUCGUCUUCUAAGCCUCAACAACAAGAAACCCGACUCUGGCUGACUCUGGAGCCCCGAUCCUGUCUUGCCUCGGAUUCUCGAUCAGAAGUGUCGAGUUUGGCCCGAAGUGAUAGCACCGGUUCAGCGCAAUCCAUGCAAAGUACAAGCCUUCCAGAGAUGCUUUUGGGACUCGCAUAUAACGGCACUACGGGUAGACUCAAUGUCUCUGUCAUUAAAGGAAGUCAAUUCAGGACCAUUACAAUGACCAGAGCGCCGGACACUUACAUUAAACUAUCGCUCGUCUCAUCGAGUGGUCAGGAAAUUGCCAGAAGUAAGACAAGUGUUAGAAGAGGUCAACCGAAUCCACUUUUUAAGGAGACGUUCAUAUUUCAGAUAGCGUUGUUUCAGUUGCCGGACGUGACUCUUAUGAUAUCGGUGUACAACAAGAGGAGUAUGAAUAGGAAAGAGAUGAUCGGAUGGUUUUCAUUGGGAUUCAAUAGCAGUGGUGAUGAAGAGCUGUCGCAUUGGAAUGACAUGAGAGACAGUAAGGGAGAGCAGGUGUGUCGUUGGCACGUACUCCUCGAUUCCUGAACCCAUACACCCGUCCACUCCAUGUGAUGGACAGCUCUUUCUGAUUGAAUUCAUUGAUUGGAUUUGCACUCAAAAUGUGUUUCGCAUUAAACACUUUUAAUCCAUGUGUUUAUGCCAUUGAGAAUAUCCGCACAAACAAAAAACGGUUUUAACUGAAUCGCUAUAUUUGCAAAUCCCUGUUCACCUAAAUCUCAAUCUUUAAUAUAAUUAUUAUUGGGUCCAAACAAACAGUGGCUGUAGAUCAAGGGUGGGCUCACGUGUGUGUCCAUCACUUUGACAAACAGUAGGUAAUCAACUCCUUUCCAUCAAAAAUGCCUGAUUGCCAUCUAAUCCAUCGAUUGCUUACAAAACUAACAAUACUUUAUAUCAUCUAAUGAUUGCUUCGUUUCAUUUCUAAUUCAACUAAUUAUACAAACUUUAAUUACAUAACAGUUAGAAAUUCUAUCAUUUCUUUUCUCUUUCAAAUCAUUCAAAUCUCUAUUUCUUCGUUAUUUUCGACUCAAUAUAAAUUAGAAAUACAUUUUGUUUUUAAUACUUAUAGUCAGAAAAACAUAAUAUGAUUGAAAUUAAUAUCUAUCUGGAUUGAAACUAAUACUGCUGAACGUCUGGGUAAGCAAACUCCUCACAAGUGAGACAUGUCAGUAGAGAACAGAUUUGACAAUUUUUCCUAUAGUUAUAAUGUUAACAUCUCACUUAUUGUUAUACAAGCAGAAUAAUUCUUUAUUAAAACCUUUAUCAAAAUACUUUUAAGAUAAUUAAACGCCAUUUAAAGAAACCCUCACAAUAAGAAACAAUUUUAAUCUCCAAAUGAUCGUUUCUUACCGGGAAGUUCUACGGUAUUAAUUGAUAUGUUAUUCAAUACUCAGAAAAUACUUCGAUUUUUACUCAAGAAAACACAAUUUUAUUAAAUGUUGAAAAAUAAUAUGUUAUAAUUUUUUAUCAAACAUAAACUUAUAUUAUAAUUUAAAUAUAAUUAUUAUUAUAUACAUUAUAUAUAACUAUUUUUAACUGAUUUUAAUAUUAAUAUUAUUUUUAAGUUUAGGCUAUAGAAUCGGGCACUCGUUUUAUUGUAAUAUUUAAAAAUAUAGUUACAUUUAAAUUACAAUUAUAUUAUAACCGUUAAUGUGUUGGAAAUGAUUUGAAAAAAGAGAAGUUUAGGCCAAUGUUUUCUUGUCAACAAAAAUCACAGAUAAUUAUCAAACAUUUUUUCAAUUACAAACUUAUGUGCAAUAAUCCUAUUAAAUGCAGUUAUAAUACUAUUAAUAAAUCUCUUCAACCGAUAUAUUAUUUUAAGUCACAUUCAAAUACUGGGGA